CAAGUAUACACCUGAAAAUAAGCAUAAUAGGUCUUCUUUAAGCAUAGAGGAAAGCUCUUUGAAGAACUGCAUUGUUAAACUUUACCACCAGAGAGCACGAUAUCCUGGAGAUAACUUCUCUCUAAGUCAGUGAGUGGGUGGAACAGGCCUACAGUUUCCUUAUCAGCACUCUGAAUGCACAACAGCUGUGCAAUGUUUUUGACAUAACCUUAAGAGGCUGGCCUUUUUUUGUUUCUUUGUAUCCCUUUAUCAAAACAUCACCAUUUGCAUUUGAGACCAAUAGCCUAAAUAUUUUCCACGCCACAUAGAAAAAGUAGACAUGCAGUUAGCCGCUGAAACUGAAGCAGAGGAGAGUGCUUGAACAGGAAGUUUCACUUUAUGUGGUUAGCCAAGCAUUGCAGUGCACUUGGCUUGAUACAGGAAGUUCAUAUCACUCAUUGGUCUUCACUCUAAAAACGGUUACUGAGCCUUUUCACUCGCGGAACAAGAAGCUUGUCACGAAAUGGCCCAGGGAAAGGACCAAUCCUUCGCCAGCCGCCUUUUCCAUAGAUGUCGUAAGAGUAACCCAGAGCAGAAAGGGCAAGAGAACGAGGUGCCUCAUAUCUCUGAGUUCACCAUCAUGUGGGAUAAGUUCAUGAAAGAGUUCUUAGCUAAAGCCAAAGAAGAUUUUUUAAGAAAAUGGGAGUGUCCACCACAGAGCACAACUGGCCUGGAUGACUUUGACAGGUUCAAGACUCUGGGCACUGGCUCAUUCGGGCGAGUCAUGCUCGUCAAACAUAAAGAAACAAAUCAGUUCUACGCCAUGAAGAUCUUGGACAAACAAAAAGUGGUGAAGUUGAAGCAGAUAGAACACACACUAAAUGAGAAGAGAAUACUACAGGCCGUCUCUUUCCCCUUCCUCGUCAGAUUGGACUUCUCUUUCAAGGACAACUCAAACCUCUACAUGGUGAUGGAAUAUGUGCCCGGUGGAGAGAUGUUCUCACACCUCAGACGUAUUGGAAGGUUCAGUGAAAACCAUGCAAGAUUUUAUGCAGCUCAGAUCGUGCUCACCUUUGAGUACCUUCACUCCUUAGACCUCAUCUACAGAGACCUGAAGCCUGAAAACCUGCUCAUAGAUCAGCAUGGGUACAUCCAGGUCACAGACUUUGGCUUUGCCAAAAGAGUAAAAGGCAGGACCUGGACAUUGUGUGGAACUCCUGAGUACCUGGCUCCAGAGAUCAUCCUCAGCAAGGGCUACAACAAAGCUGUGGACUGGUGGGCUCUUGGAGUUCUCAUCUAUGAAAUGGCUGCUGGUUACCCUCCAUUUUUUGCUGAUCAGCCGAUCCAGAUCUACGAAAAGAUUGUGUCUGGCAAGGUACGAUUUCCCUCUCACUUUAGCUCCGACCUGAAGGAUCUGCUGAGGAACUUGCUCCAGGUGGACCUGACGAAGAGGUUUGGCAACCUGAAGAACGGCGUGAAUGACAUCAAAAAUCACAAGUGGUUCUCCUCAACAGACUGGAUCGCCAUCUACGAGAGAAAGGUCGAAGCUCCCUUCUUGCCAAAGUGCAGAGGACCAGGAGACACGAGCAACUUUGACGACUACGAAGAGGAGGAAAUUCGUGUCUCACAAACAGAAAAGUGUGCGAAAGAGUUUGCUGAGUUCUAGAGAGUUGGGCCAGAGUCCCAUCAGGGCUCAACGUGUUUUUGGGAUAUUUGCACUCUCCUGAGGUUUAAGGUGGAACUGAGGCCGUCACGUGUUCAAAACAAAAGCCUCGUUCCUUCAUUCCACACAGCUGAAUGAGGUCCUUCUUGCCAUGAUCCUGCGUGCAGUUAGCACUAACCUAUACACAGGCACAUUAUGCAGACACCCCUCGUGCUGCAACACAGAAAUACUAGACCACGUUCUCAUCUUUUGUCUGUUUUGUUUUUUAUGUUUGCCACCUUUUGAAUAGCCUCCCUCCUCCUUAUUUCAAGUCAGAUAAUUAUUUGAAAAGCAACGUGAAAACCAAUAUUAUGCCCAUUUCCAAAUGGCACAAAGAGUGAUUGAUUGUAUUAGCUGGUAUUGCACAUAUUGUGAUUUAAGCUUUGGGAAAAUAGAAGGGUUUUUUUUUUUUUGGUUGAAUUUCUAACAUUGCCAGUCGUCUGUUAAACGCCUGAGUGUGUUUUAGGGUUCAGUUUAUUAUUCCUUAAUCAUGAACACUUUAACCAUUAUUCAUCAUUCUGGUGUCCUUAAGACCUAGAGACGUGUAUUUGUGCAUAUAGAAAUAUACAUAUAUGAGACAUUUUCAAACACUUUGUGUUGUUAAAGCAUGACCAAAAUUCAAUCAAAGAAACUGGUGUUUUAGUGAAGGAAAAGCAACACUGAUGACUUCUUGAAGUUUUGUGAGUUUUAGCACUCAGGCGUUCAGUUCUUGAAGGGACGGGUUAACAGUGACAAGUGUUAUUAUGGAGCAGAAACUUGUCAGUGCUGUGUUAACUCAAUUGUAGCAUCCAUAUCUGGUCACACCUCAGACUAGAUGUGGUAUCGAAUGAAAGGAAUAAGAUGAUAUAUUUUUCAGGUACAACUCUGUUUCUCGAGGAAGGAAAAACUGAAGGGGUUUGAGUGUGUCACUCUCCACACAACAGGUCAUCGGUCUUUGGUACGUCCAGAAAUGUAUGAAGUGCAUUUUUCAAUAACUGAAAGGUCGGUUUGUUAGAUUUUCUUGAGAGCAGUGUUGGUCACGAGGACGUAUUUUGUCCAUUCGGGUUUGCUUUUCAAUUUUUGUUUUUAAAUUGUGCUUUAGCGGAGCACUCGGAAGAUAUUGUGUAACUGCCAUAUUUGUUUCAUUUUUACUUUUGCAUGUUUGUUUGUACAGCAGCGUCACAAGCUAAUAGUGCCCUGAAAGUGUUCCCAUCUGUUUUGUUGUUGUUUUGCUACCUUUUCAAUUGUUUCAUAGCCUGAGACAUUGAUGCAUUAGAUAGGCUAUUUUUAUCUGAGCGACAUAUUCCUUCCACAUAAUCCCACAAAAGCAAAACUAAACCAUUAACCACGAAAUAAUAACUGAAAUAUCAUAACCUUAAAGUAUUCAUCCGUCUUGGUCACCACUUGGUUGAAACAUACUUACCUCAACUAUAGCUUGUAGUCUCUUCGCAUCAUUUUUUUAACCAAUUUGUACACUGUGACGGAGCAAUAUUUGCUCAUUCUUCCUCGCAAAAUUGCUCAGGCCGAGUUAGAGAACGUUAACAGGCAAACAUGUUUUUGGUCUUGUUACAGAUUUCCAAAGGGAAUAAGGUCAAAAGAGUCUGACUUUUGAAGAACAUUUUCAUUGUAAAUCACUCCUGUUUAAGUUAUUGUCUACACAUAUUUAAUAUAUAUGUUCUCCCCUCAAGAGAAAUAGAGGUUUAAUGAGGGAUUUCUUUUCUAUACUGAGCACCAUUCAUUUCCCAUGAAUUCUGACACAUAGCCUGUCCUUACUGCUGAAAUGUAGUCCCUGCCUCUGCGCCGGCGUGACGGGUUGACGUGUGUAUUUAGAAGGUGAUCAUGUCAAAGGUUCAAUACCUACAAGGCCAAGGUGUCCACUUGUUGAACUUCCAGCUUCUGCGAUCCUUUGAUUCCCUCGAGGGAAAUUUGUCUCUGCCGUCCACAGGGAGGUCAGAGGUCAUUUCUGCAGGUCGGACACUCAGGGUUGUGGGGAAAAAUCAAAGAUUUACAUGUCACAUCUUGUUGGAAACAAUAAUGCAUUGUCUUUCAAUUUAACAUCUCUUUAAGUCUUCUGAAGUUUUGAUCAUUAUUUGACAUGGUGCUCAAGUGUUUGUAGAUGAGAACAAUGCAAUUUAAUCAACAAUCUUAGACAACCAAAUGUGAAAAAGGUUUGGUGACUGAAUGCUUUUUUUUAAGGUACUGAUGUACUGUAUAUUGAUAUUGGCUAUGCCUGAUUUCUUUGAUUUCUUUGAUUUCUUUUCAUAUAUUGAGCACAUGAUGUGGUAUUUUAUUUAGCCCUGAUUUCAUUUCAAAAGGCACAACUGUUUCUUAUGCUAUUUUUUAUUUAUAUUAGAGAUGUCUAAUAAAAUUACAUUUUAAAUGUUUAAACUUGCAUAUAUAUAAGGAGACUCCAACUGUUUUAUUCACAAAAGUGUUAUAUACAGUGAAUAUAUUGGAUUAUUUAUUUUAUUUUAUUUUUUAUUUACCCUUAUUAAAGAUAAAAACAUUUAUAGAAAUUUAAAUAUUUACCACAGUCAAUACACAUUGAUGCCUCUCAUGCCUAUUUUGAAAUUGUAGCCUUUUUUUCCUAACAUUUUUUCUUACAUUUCUUUACUUAGGAAAUUAACUUUAAUAACAUUAUUUUCCCAGAUUUGAAGGGUGAUCAGAAUGUAAUUGCAGAAUCGAUGAUAUUUUUUAUUUGGACAAAUCUACACCUGGGAAUUAAGCAUGUUUCAAUCCAAACUGCCUGUGUGUAAAUCUUCCCAUAAAAAUGUGUAGGAAACCCACAGCUCUUCUUAUGUGUCAUUUAUCCCCCAUAUGUGUGUAAUAAUGUUUGUCAUAUUUGAUGUAAAUGAUGGCACUUUUCCCUGAGCCACUUCACACUCCCGAGUCUGACUGAAAGGAAAUCAGUUUAUGAGUUCUUCGUAGUUAGUCACACAUGCCAGUAUGGGAUCAAUAACCUGAAAUGUGUCUGUAUUUAGUUUGUGGGAUACUUUGCACAUCAUUUAGAAGAAGGCUGACACGUUUUUCCCACCCAUAUUUACUUGUGUUUGCAAGGGGAAUAUACUUUGCUGUAGCAGAUUUUAUGUAAACAAAGGAUAUGUCACUAUAAUAAAUUCUUUUUAUUAAAAAAUA